CCUGGAGCAGCGGGGGGAGGCCCGGGGAGGGGGAGGGGGUGCAAAAGAAGGAGCCACGGGGCGCGGAAGCCACCCGCCCGCCCCCUUCGCGGCUCAGCCCCAGCACAUCCUGCGCACAGGGGGCGGGCUGGCCGGGGCUGCUGCCCUCCUCCUCCUCCUCCUCCGGAACCCUCCCGGCUGCAGCUGAUGGAUCAGCAGACAGUGACAAAAUCCGGCCGGAUAGACCUGACCUGAAGAUUUCAUACACAGAAUAGCUUCAGAGUUUUUUAAAAAAGGGGAAAGCAGCAAUUUCUCUACCAUGGAAACCUCUACAAAGUGAUCGUUGGUUUACAAAGAAGGAAGACUUUCCCAGCACAUCUGUCUAAUCUGUCCAGCUGUUUAGCCAGCCAAUCGAGAGCUACUUGGGUUUUUCACACAUAAUCAUGGCAAAACCGUAUGAAUUUAACUGGCAGAAGUCAGUCCCUUCCUUUAUGCAAGAUGGAGCUGUGUUUGACAGAUACGAAGAGGAGUCCUUUGUCUUUGAACCAAACUGUCUCUUUCAAGUGGAUGAAUUUGGUUUUUUCCUAAGGUGGAAAAGUGAAGGAAAGGAAGGACAGGUAUUAGAAUGCUCCCUGAUCAACAGUAUUCGUCUUGGAGCUGUACCAAAGGAUCCCAAAAUACUAGCUGUUCUUGAGACUGUGGGAAAAGCAGAAACUGAGCUGGAAGGGCGGAUAGUGUGUGUCUGCAGUGGCACAGAUCUGGUGAACAUCAGCUUCACGUACAUGGUAGCAGAAAAUGCAGAAGUAGCUAAGCAAUGGGGAGAAGGACUUGGAUCCAUCAUACAUAACUUUAGAGCGAACAACGUCAGUCCAAUGACAUGCCUCAAGAAACACUGGAUGAAGCUGGCGUUUCUGACAAACACAAAUGGCAAAAUUCCCGUUAGGAGUAUUACCAGAACCUUUGCAUCAGGUAAAACAGAAAAGGUGAUCUUUCAGGCACUUAAGGAACUAGGGCUUCCCAGUGGAAAGAAUGAUGAAAUUGAGCCUCCCGCUUUUACUUAUGAGAAAUUUUAUGAACUAACCCAAAAAAUAUGUCCUCGUACGGACAUAGAGGAACUCUUUAGGAAGAUCAAUGGAGACAAAACUGAUUAUUUAACGGUAGACCAAUUAGUGAGCUUUCUAAAUGAACAUCAACGAGAUCCUCGUCUGAAUGAAAUUUUAUUCCCAUUCUAUGAUUCAAAAAGAGCAAUGCAGAUAAUUGAAACAUAUGAGCCAGAUGAAGAUUUGAAGAAUAAAGGUCUCAUAUCAAGUGAUGGAUUCUGCAGAUAUUUGAUGUCAGAUGAAAAUGCCCCAGUCUUCCUUGACCGUUUGGAAUUAUACCAGGAAAUGGACCAUUCUUUGGCUCACUACUUCAUCAGCUCCUCCCACAAUACCUAUCUAACAGGCAGGCAGUUUGGCGGGAAGUCUUCUGUAGAGAUGUACAGACAAGUGCUUUUGGCUGGUUGCAGAUGUGUUGAACUGGAUUGUUGGGAUGGAAAAGGUGAAGACCAAGAACCAAUAAUAACACAUGGGAAAGCAAUGUGUACAGAUAUUCUUUUCAAGGAUGUCAUUCAAGCCAUUAAGGAAACUGCAUUUGUUACAUCUGAGUAUCCUGUUAUUCUUUCCUUUGAAAAUCACUGCAGCAAAUACCAACAGUACAAGAUGUCAAAAUACUGUGAAGAUUAUUUUGGCGAUCUCCUUUUGAAGCAACCUCUAGAAACACAUCCACUUGAACCAGGAAGACCCUUACCGUCCCCGAAUGAUCUCAAAAGAAAGAUACUCAUAAAAAACAAAAGGCUGAAACCUGAAGUGGAAAAAAAACAGCUUGAGGCAUUGAAAAGUAUGAUGGAGGCUGGCGAAACAGCUGCUCCUGUCAAUAUUCUAGAAGAUGACAAUGAAGAAGAAAUAGAAAGUGCUGAUCAAGAAGAAGAAGCCCAUCCAGAAUUAAAAUUUGGAACUGAGCUUUCUGCAGAUGACUUGAGUCAAAAAGAAGCGGUUGCCAAUAGCGUCAAAAAGGCUUUGGAAGAUUCUGAACAAGAAAACAAUAAAAAGGGCAUAGUAACUGUUGAAGAUGAACAAGCAUGGAUGGCAUCUUACAAAUAUGUGGGUGCGACAACCAAUAUACAUCCAUAUUUAUCAACCAUGAUCAACUAUGCUCAGCCCGUAAAGUUUCAAGGUUUCCAUGUAGCAGAAGGUAACAUACAAGAACGCAAUAUUCAUUACAAUAUGUCCUCUUUUAAUGAAUCAGUUGGACUAGGGUAUUUGAAGACGCAUGCAAUUGAAUUUGUGAAUUAUAAUAAACGACAAAUGAGUCGGAUAUACCCCAAGGGAGGCCGAGUGGAUUCCAGUAAUUACAUGCCUCAAAUUUUCUGGAACGCUGGCUGCCAGAUGGUCUCACUGAACUUUCAGACCCCAGAUUUAGCAAUGCAAUUGAAUCAGGGAAAAUUUGAAUAUAAUGGAUCGUGCGGGUAUCUCCUUAAACCAGAUUUCAUGCGACGACCAGAUCGAACAUUUGACCCUUUCUCUGAAACGCCAGUAGAUGGUGUUAUUGCGGCAACUUGUUCAGUACAGGUAAUAUCUGGUCAGUUCUUAUCAGAUAAAAAAAUUGGUACGUAUGUAGAAGUGGAUAUGUACGGGUUACCUACGGACACGAUACGUAAAGAGUUUCGAACCCGCAUGGUGAUGAACAAUGGCCUGAACCCUGUUUACAAUGAAGAAUCAUUUGUAUUUCGAAAGGUUAUUCUACCUGAUCUCGCUGUUCUGAGAAUAGCAGUGUAUGAUGACAACAACAAGCUGAUCGGUCAGAGGAUCCUGCCUCUUGAUGGCCUUCAGGCAGGCUACAGACACAUUUCCCUUCGAAAUGAAGGCAACAAACCACUAUCUCUGCCCACAGUUUUCUGCAACAUUGUGCUCAAAACAUAUGUGCCUGAUGGUUUUGGAGAUAUUGUGGAUGCUUUGUCAGACCCAAAGAAAUUUUUAUCUGUCAUGGAAAAAAGAGCAGACCAGAUGAGAGCUAUGGGUAUUGAAACUAGUGAUAUAGCUGAUGUACCAAAUGACACUUCAAAGAAUGAUAAGAAAGGAAAAGCUAAUAAUGCCAAAGCAAGUGUGACUCCUCAGAGUAGCUCUGAACUUAGACCGAGUACCACUUCCGGCCUUGGACCUGGGAUGGAAACUAAGAAAGGUAUAGAACUUAUUCCUCAAGUGAAGAUAGAAGAUUUAAAGCAAAUGAAGGCUUACAUAAAGUAUUUAAAGAAACAACAGAAAGAGCUGAAUGCUUUAAAGAAGAAGCAUGCCAAGGAGCACAGCACUAUGCAGAAGUUGCACUGCACACAAGUUGACAAAAUAGUGGCACAGUAUGAUAAAGAAAAGUUAUCUUAUGAGAAAAUGUUAGAGAAGGCAAUCAAGAAGAAAGGAGGAAGUAAUUGUCUUGAAAUGAAGAAAGAAACUGAAAUUAAAAUUCAGGCUUUAACAUCCGAUCACAAAUCUAAGGUAAAAGAAAUUGUAGCGCAGCACACUAAAGAGUGGUCAGAGAUGAUCAACACCCACAGUGCCGAAGAGCAAGAAAUCCGUGAUUUACAUCUGAGCCAGCAGUGUGAGCUCCUGAAAACCCUGCUGGUUAAUGCUCAUGAGCAACAAACCCAACAGCUAAAGUUUUCUCAUGACAGGGAAAGCAAGGAAAUGCGUGCCAACCAGGCUAAAAUUUCUAUGGAAAACAGCAAAGCCAUAAGCCAGGAUAAAUCUAUCAAAAAUAAGGCUGAAAGGGAGAGGCGAGUAAGAGAACUAAACAGCAGCAACACUAAAAAGUUUCUGGAAGAGAGAAAAAGGCUAGCAAUGAAGCAGUCGAAGGAAAUGGAUCAGCUGAGAAAAAUUCAGCUUGAGCAUCUAGAAGUCUUGGAGAAGCAGAAUGAGCAGCUUUUGAAAUCCUGUCAUGCAGUGUCUCAAACACAAGGCAAAGGAGAUGCAGCAGAUGGUGAAGCUGGAAGCAGAGAUGGACCGCAGGCCAGCAACAGUAGUCUAAAACUACAGCAUGCAAACUGAAGCCAGGAAAGCCAGUAUCCGUAAAAUUCCAACCAUCAUUGCUGAGGAGGGAAAGUGGGCUUUUUUGCUCUUUUCCAUUCUGUUUCAACCAACUGUAGACACAGACCACCACGUCUUAAGGUUUUGCAUAUUCCUUUUGAGUACUGAAAUUCCCUUAUUGAGCAAAACACUAUUAAAAAGAGGCACAUAACAUCUUAAAGCCCAGUCCUGUACUCCCUGCUCAGGAAACCUUCCAUUCAUCUCAAGGGGUGUUUUUUCCUGUGUCAGGAUUGUAGGCUCAGGGCCUUAAAAUACAGCACCAUGUUUCUUUUAUUUUAACAUAAGCUCAGAUGGGAACACAAUCAUAAUCAAAACAACAUGCUAUUUACCAUUUUUAUUCUCAUGCUUGGUAUGUAAUUGGUUUAGCCCCAAUCCUGCAAGAUGCUGUGAGGUAGGAGGCACUCAGCAACUCCUGCCAUCAAGCCUUUUACAUGGAUCUGCUACUAAAUAAUAAUUUAAAAAAUCAUCCGCUUCAUCUGACAGAUGUCUCUUUUGGUGAUUUUCUUCCUAUUGCGCACACAUUUUUGAGCUGCAGAGAAUGCAUAUAUUGGAAAGUACAAAUAUCUGUAAACUCAUCAGCAGAAUUAAUACACUGGGAUAACAGUGAUUUUGCAAGAUAUUUCCACAUUAAAAUGUCUUCAACAAGUGCCAUAUCAACUUUAUCAUUCCUGAAAGAAACAGACAUCCUGUAAAAGUUCUUGAAAUGGUAAACAUAGUAGAAAUACAUUGUUCUGUGCCAAAACUAAUCAGUGCUCUAAGGUUAAAGGAAUUAUGUGUUAGGCACUUUAAGAAAAGUUUACAUCAUCCAUUGCUUGUAUAGAAAUUGCAUUUUGAUCUUGUUGCUGCAGAUCCCAGAUAUUAUAGUUCAUUGUAUCUUAAAGAUUGUUAAAUGACUAUUGGCAAAAAGUUUGUAACUGUGAAAAUGUAAAAAGUAUUUAUACACUUCAAAUCACAAUAUUGUAGAAAAUCACCUAAAUGUUGCCACGUGACAAAAUUAGUAAACUGAAUUACUAGAAAUAUGUCUGCAUGUGAUACAAUCACCAGUUAUGACUUUAAUGCCAACCGUAUGACCACAGUCAUUCUAUUAGUCAAUAAAUACAGAUUAAACGUAUGUCACCAAAUAUUAUUUGAUUAAUUCUGAAGACUUUUAGCAUAACAAGACCUAUAUAUAUAUAUAUGUAUAUGAAUUAUGUGGGCAUUCUUGAUACUUCAAGUUCUAGUUAAAAGAAAAGUACAUAACUAAUUUAAUUUUACACAAAAAUAUUUAUGCAGAUUUUCAGAAUUUCAUAUCAGGAAUAACCUUUUUAUGUCUGUUAGAUAUGAAAACAAUUUGCUACAGUGUUAAUUUGCAUGUUCUUAAAGCCUACUGUAGUUAUACUGCAGAACAAUGCAUGUAAGCAUUCUGCUUGGAGUUUGCCCAUGCUGCCAAUACAAAGGAGACUGCAUGGAAAACUGGUAGUUUAGAACAAAUCAGAUUACUGAUUUCAUUAUACUAAGCACCAAUUAAGUUGUUGUAUAUGCUUGUACAAACCAAUUCUACAUAUUCCUAUAAACAAAUUAAAUGAAGAGAGAUUGUUAUGGUCAGUUCUGAGAUGAAACUUUCAACUUCUCUAAUAAAAACGUAAAAAUAAAUACAA